CACCGAAUGGCGACGCUACAAGAAACACUGUUCGCCAUUACCACCGCCGUAUUGUUCCUGGUAACCACUAUGACCCUUUCACACGACACGAACAAAGGAAAAUCUUUACAUCGAGAACGUCGAGUCUUGGUGUUCACAUCUGGAGCAGUAAUGCAGAUGACUAUUGGAAUAUCGACUCCAGUGAGUGCCCCAAAUAGGACGGUCCUCAUUUCCUUGGGAAUUCAGUUAGUUUUCGGCUUACCAACAAACGCAACGAUGUGGCAUACAUCACCAGACAUAAUGUCGAAGAGGGAAGUAUCCAACACGACCCUACAGAGCAUUUACGUCCCUCUUGAAUCAUUUCUUGAAGGCUACGGCUUUCAUGGCCGAACGUGUGUCCUCAGAAGCAUCUGCGAGGCAGCUCGUUGGCCAUUCCACUUCGAAGAAACGCACCUCCUCGACGAGGUGAUGCACGCAAUUUUGACCGAUAACACUCAAAUCCUAGAGAAUCUUCCAGUUGAGAAGCAAUAUUUAGCUGCAGAAUGCCUUGGCAAAUCCAAAGGGAACUGCCAAACUGCAUAUCCAGGCUGUCCAAAAUCCCCAUUGGACUUCAUCUCCCAAGAACUCAACACGGAUAUACUUGUCGAAUGA